CCUACCGAUGGCCUUACCUGUGCUCUCGUCGUCGUCGUCGUCGUCGCGUAUCAGUUACGGGAGACUGCGAUGGAGAUGUCGCGACGAGUUUUAGAUAAUGCUCGUGUCUGCGUGGGAUGUGUCGAGUGAUAUGCGUGUUCAGGGGGAGGGAAGCGGUACAGCUUUCAUUCAGUACAUUCCGCUCGAAGUUUGUGCAACUUUUGUGAAUAUGCCAUCCACAUUGUUUUACGCAACACACAGCAAAGCUCGCUCGACGAUAUCGUGACAAGUGCGCCGAAUUUUGCGUAACAAGGGCAGCAGCACUGGAAUAAGAAAGAAACUCAAUCAUGCCCUCACAGCGUGUCAGGGAAAUCAGAUAAAGAAGCUGCUGUCCCAGUGUAAUUGAGCGGACGCAAAUCUGCCCGAUCGUUUCGGCGACGUAAAAAAAGCCCGUUACAGAAUGAGCUCCGCGUAGUGUGUUUUUAGUGCGCGAUAACUUCAAUUGGCUGCGUGUAACGCCGUUAGCGAGUCAUAAAGGCUCGACGCUGGAAAUUAUAAAGUAACGCGAUCCCGGGAGGGUAAACUCGUUGCGGUGGUCGGGGAAAAUUUUUUCGUAUACGGCACUGAUUAACUCGUUACGGCUGAACAUUGAAUUUACUCGAUGAGGUAUAGAGAAGGUGUUUUGUUGUAGAGGAUUUGGCCGUCAAUCAAUUAGAGUACCUAUGUGUGUGACGGUAUAAAAGUAAUUCGCUUCGGAGGCAUUUACUCUAGUCGUAAAAAUAGAAGUCCGUAUCGACGAGCGUUGAAAAGUAGAAGAGAGUGUGUCGUGAAAGGGAUGCCUUAAACACUUCCAAUUCCCAUCUACUACUGUAUCUAUCCAAACGACGAUACUACAUAACGUCGCUACCAGCACCCGGACACUCGGAGGUGAACCUCUGCUCGGUACUGUCUCUGGGCAAAGACCUGAGCAAAAUCACGAUGCCGGUAAUCUUCAACGAGCCGUUGUCCUUCCUUCAGCGCGUCGCCGAGUACAUGGAGUAUGCGAAGCUCCUCAAGCAGGCGUCGCUCGAAUCGAAUCCCGUGGCUCGAUUACAAUACGUCUCGGCGUUCGCCGUAAGCGCCUUGGCCUCCAAUUGGGAGCGUCUAGGAAAACCCUUCAAUCCAUUACUCGGCGAGACCUACGAACUGCAACGCGACGACUUUCGCAUAAUCUGCGAGCAAGUAUCGCAUCAUCCGCCAGUUUCGGCAUUCCACGCCGACAGCGAGGAUUUCGUCUUCCAUGGCAGCAUACACCCUAAGCUCAAGUUCUGGGGCAAGUCGAUAGAAAUUCAUCCUAAGGGGAUGGUCACGGUCGAGUUGCCAAAGUGGAAGGAGGCGUACACUUGGCAGAACGUCAACUGCAUCCUCCACAACGUUCUCGUCGGUCAGAUCUGGAUGGAGCAGCUCGGAGUUCUGGAGAUCAAGCAACACGGCGGGGCUAAUCUCAAAGCGGAAUUGUCCUUUAAGAGCGCCGGAUGGAACAACAAGGAUCUGCACAGGGUCGAAGGUUUCAUCGUCGAUCAGGACCGCAAGAGACUAGCGUACAUGUAUGGCAAGUGGACGGAACGUUUAAGGACGUGCGAGGCCACGUUGUACGAGGAGGCUAUCGAGAGGAUAAAACGCGAGGCCAAGAGUCCGCAGAAUAGCCCCGGUCACAAGAAGGUACUGGCCAAGUUGCAUAGUCUCAAGGUCGGCGCUUUCAAGCCGUCUCACCAGGACGCGAUAGACGAGCCGGGAAACGAUCCCGAUACCGAGGGUCUUACCAUCGAUGACAUUCCUGGCUCUACGCAGCUUUGGGAGGUCACGCCCAGGCCGGCCAAUAGCGCCGAUUACUAUCAAUUCACCGGCUUUGCAAUGGCGCUGAACGAGAUGGAGCCGGGAAUCCGAGAAAAUAUGUGCCCAACGGAUUCGCGACUGAGGCCGGAUAUAAGGAAACUGGAGAGCGGAGACCAGGACGGCGCAGCGGCCGAGAAGACCAGGUUAGAGGAGAAGCAGAGGGAUAAUCGUAAGAUGCGGAAGCACAAGAAAAAUUCGGCCGAGUGGGCUCCGAGAUGGUUCACCAAAGGCGUUAACAGCUACACAGGACUCGAGGACUGGCUCUACCAGGGCGGCUACUGGGACCGCAACUACGGCGAGGUCGAGGACAUCUUCUAAUCAGUCCUUGGAGAGGCUCCCUUAUCGCGGAGAAGCAAAACCGGAAGUGAUCCCUAGCGGCGCGCCUGAUGCAAGCCAGCGCAAUGAAACAAAGCGUCGACAGACCACAUUGUCGCGCGACCUUCCCGAGACGAGGUGGUUCGAGAAAGCGAAGCUCGAACGUUUACUAAUAGUACCUGGAAAACAAGGCAGAGACGACGACGAGCUGCAGACACGUAGUUGCUAUGUACGUGACGACGAAUCUGACAUACGGUGAACGUUUUUUUCUCUCGAUGCAGAGGACGUUAGAUGAUUCUUUGGAUCGGAGAGGACAGUGUAGAUCAGUUUCUUAGGAGGGCGGGUACAAGAGUGAUUAUAAGACGGUAUGAACCCAAUGUGUUUUAUGAAACAGGCAAGGGAUAUCAAAACAGAUGGUAAAUGGCAGGCAGGGAAAAAAUAUUUAUCCAUACUUCUGGAGGUGACGAGAGCUGCCGACUGCGACGUCAACAGGUACACUUAUAUCAGUGUGCGAUGCGCGGACGGCUUGCGAUUCUAUACUCUUGCUCGGCAGAUUGCCAAAAAAACAAAGAUCUACGCAUAGUCAAUGACGUGUUGAGAGCAUUUUAUCUAUCAUACAAUAUAUAUUCACGAUGUUAUAGCAGCUACAGUCCGCGUUCAUGAAGCUCAAGUGCGUUGUACUCUUCGUCCCCGAGAUGUGUAUGCCAAGUUCCGAUGAUUACUUUGCUGCGGUUUAGCUUCUUUUUCAAAAUUUGCAUCAACAAUCAGCUGACAAGCGUACGAAACUAUCGAAAUCUUACCAAGUCUGUGCCAAUAGAUCAUCAGACGAAAUAUAAGAUGUAGGGAAUCUUGAACUGCAAAACGAUCGGAUGCAUGAUUUUUAUAUUUUGCGCGCGAAGCUGCCAAACGACCCUUUGCUUCUCUUACUCACAAAAUCCUCUCACAGCGCAGGCUAUUAUAUCGGAUAGUUUUCACCUACUCACACACGUGUAAUCGUUAUAAUCUUCCAAAUAAUUAAGGUAUACAAAAAUACAGCAGGUAAAAAGCAAACUCUGCGUCUGGAUCUCGCCUGUCCAUUAUAUUAGGGUUUUAGAGAAAAAUAAACAUGUAUAUGUGAGUAUAUAAAUAAAUAUAACAAAGCCGCCGAUGAAUGGCGGAAAACUUUUAGGAAAAAAAUUCGUUGUCUAUUAUGUGUCUGUAUAUAAUAUAAAUAAAUGUGAGUAAAGAUCGAUUUGCUGAGUCUAUCGAGAUCGAUCUACGACUUAUGCUAUAAUUAUAAUGUAUAUCAUGUCGAGCUUCAAAAACUCGUGUCACAGUUCGAGUGACUCAACUAUUUUUUUUUUUUAAUUGUUCAGAAGAAUAUUUCUUGAUAUGUAGAUUACCACAGAGAGCAAUUGUGAAAUAAAAAUGAUGUACGUGUGGUUAAUUUUAACGAAACCUGUAUAUCAUUGAACCUCUAUUUUUUUAUUGACGGGUAUUAUACAACAUGGACUAGUGUACCAAGCAUAUAGUCUUCCAAAUCUCAAAUGGUGACGCGAAUUAGUGCUGCUCGACAUAAAACAUGCUUGUGGCUCUAAGGCAAAAGGAGAUGAGUCAAUUUUUUUUGGAAAACUUUAGAUUUUGUAACUUCAAAAGUUUGCUUCAAAGCUGGAAUGUACUGAAGAUACAAGAUUUUGUACAUGGCAUACCGACACAAAAGUCUAUCAUUUAGAAUGUGACAGUUAACUACAUCAUGCAGAUAAUUUUGACAUUUAAGCUUCUUUUCUCAAAAAUUCGAAAAGUGGACUUGUCUAAAUUGCCUUGGAGCUACAGGUAUAAAUAAAAGAAAAAUUCAAGGAUAUUCUUCCAAAGUCCAAUGGCACUGUAUACGUCUCUGUACAUGCAAAAUACGCGAAACUAUACACUGGAUGACUUUAAAUCCCGAAUCGUAUCAUGAUGCGGAAAUCAAGAAUUUUCUUUACCUACAUAAAAACAGACUCUGUAUAUAAUACGUCAAACAAGCACCUGAAAUCGAUACUUCUAAAUACUUUGAAUGAGAUACUGUCCGUUGAAGAAUAUAAUCAUGAAUGUUUAUGCAAUGCAGGAAUGUUUGAUACAUCAAGGUCAAAACAUUUGUCUUCAAUUACCCUUAUUAUUAAUAAUAAACUAAUAUUAGAUAUUUAUCGAUUUAUUUGUAAGUUGUGUUUUUUAAUCCUAUAUAUCUGUGAGAAGUAUUGAGAUGUGUCGACUUCGUCACGUAGUUAACACAUUUUACAACAACAAUACAAGAUUAUACUCAACCACAUUUACAAAAAAAAUAUAUAAGUAUUAAAAAAAAUUAUUAAUUAAACUAGUUUAAUGACCAUGUAUUAGAAAUUCGUUUUUUACUACGUUUGUUUAGGACUAUUAAAAAAGCACCAAACAAAUGCCAAAAUGCAGCAUCCAUCUAUUAAAUUUUUCUUCAAAUUUAGCAAGCGACGCUAUUUUUAUAUCAGAGAACUGAAAAAAAUUAAUCUUCGAUACACACAUCUCACAUUUUGAAAAUACGAUGAAGAUUCCUAAACACAGUAAAAAAUUUGCGAUGAAAGUAAAUCCUUUCAAUUGUAUAAGUCUUAUUUACUAUUGAGCUAUAAGGGAUUCAAUCGUAUUCUUCAAAAAAACUAAAAUUGCGAAACGUGCGCUCAACUUAUACAAACUCCGGGUGGCUGUAGCGGAAAGAAAUUUCUUUGCGAUCUCAAGUUACGAAAACGUAUGCGUAUGAGAAAUCAAUGAAUUUUUACAGUAAGUGAUUCAUAUCUAUAUCCUAGCGUAUCUUAGUGGUAUCUUAGUGUAAUUUUUGUUUCUUUUGGUUUUAAAAACGUCCAUCUGAAGUCUGAAAAAAUAACUAAAAGUCGUGUAGAAAACACGCGCGUGUAAUUUGAUCGUUUUAACACAAGUUUUGACAAAAUUUGUAUAAAAAUGUAGAACGAUAGUUCACGACUCUUAUGUUCUCAAGGCUUUUCUAUAAUUCCGGCGACUUUUACGAACGAACUACUGCUGUUUGUGAUUUUUACAAAAAAAAAAGACAAAUUUAUCUUCGAUAUAUGAAGCACUUGUUGACUUUUUCUAGCGUAACUAUAUUAUUAUUGUUAAUUUUAAUUCGUUUUAUAAAUAUUCUAUACUCUAUAUCAAUACACGUAUAAUCAAUACAUACGGCAACUAAUACAAUCCGUAAACUUUACAAAAGGUCUGUUCGAAUUUUAUCUAAAAAAGAAAAAUCUGAAAAAAUAUCCAUCAAAAGUCAAAAGUUCGAAGUAUAAUGCAACAACGUCACUGUCAAUUUCCUCCUCGGUUUCUUUCUAUACAAGCGAUUUUUCUACGUCGCUCAAUUUUUUAUUACACACCACAAGAGAAAGAGAGCCGAAGGUCCUGGAAGCCAUGCAAAAAACACAUUUCACAACCUUAAAAAUGCGCGCGCGUUCGUCUGUACAUAUAAUCGUGUAACAUAACGCGACAGACACAAUAACUAAUUAUGAAGUAUAUUAUAAUAAAUCACACGAAUGUACAUCGAGACAACUCUUGAAGAUAUGCAACUGCUGAUAUAGAUUUUAACUGUAUUUAGCAAGAGUUAGUUAGGAGAACCUUCAAAGCUUUCCGAUACGCUAGAAGUAAAGAAUAAAAUUGUAUCAUCGAUGGGCUCGCCGAUAUUGUCGUUGCCUCUGCACUGUAUUUUAAUGAAACGCUGUAAUCAUCGCUUAUAUACAAGAGAUACAAAGAUCUAUUUUGACAUUGAAUUGAAUGGAAAUGUAGCUCUGAUUAUGCAAUAUCGAAACUAAUAUAUUGGAUUUUUAGUGGAAGCGACUAUUGAUUUCCUUUAUGAAUGUAGAACUGUAUUAAGAAAGAUGAUAAACACACUGUAAUGAAAAAUACAAUUGCCAAAGUGAUUCACACAGUUUAUUUUAAUGUAAAAAAGAGCAUUUAUAUAUCCAUGCGUAGUGUAGAAGCUAAAUACGUAAAUUACCUGCACAUGAUAAAAAGAGCACGAACUGAAUUAAGGAGAGAAUGGCAGCGACAAGUCAGUCAAAAAAAGAACCGCACAUGCAGUUUUAAAAGUUUCUCAUUCGCUUAUUUAACCUCGGAGUGGCAGUGGCUUUUCAGAAAAAUUGUUAACUCAUAAUAUAUGUAUCACAAAAACACCAAUUCUUCAAAUUCAUUUAUUUUUAAUUUUUUUUUUUUAACUACAAUCCUUAUUGAGACAUCCAACAAAGCUGUGUUCCAAUCUAAUUAACUAUUUCAGAGACAAUAAACAAUGCAAUGUAAAACCGUCACUCCGAGUUAAAGAUGUCGAACAUCUGCUAGUAGUUUCGCCGCACGAAUGUUUCAAUAGCUUUUAGCCCAUGUAUAGUAGCAGAAGAGCAAAAACCACCAGCUUCAGCGUCAAAAUCGGCAUAAUAGCACGACCCUCUCGGCCGACAAAAAAAAUGUAACAGUAAUUAUAAUAACCAUAAUGAUAAUCGAGGGCUCGCGUGUGUGUAUGAAUCAACGAUCGAUUUACGGAAGUUUCGCGACGCUCGCUUCCUGCGUGUAUUAAUUGACUUUUUGGCGAUUAUUAUAGAUUGUUUAUUGCAGCUUACAUCUGUCUCGUAGGCGAGUGCGCGAACGAUUUUGCUUAUCCGUUGAUUUCGCAGCUGGCGUAUUGUGUGACGCGCACUUUUUUCCAUGAUGUUCAUUUUUAUAUAGCAACAUCUUUAGCGAGUACGUUGAUUGUCAAAGUAGUUAUAGUAGACAACUGCGUAAACGUAGCUGUAGCUUGUAAUGCAAAAAAGUCGCGUUACUUUCGUUCGUUAAGUUUUGAAUAUGAUUCAAAAAAUAAACUAAUAACACACGCGUCCAAAAUCAAGGACGGCGUGAGGAUCUGUUAACCAUAUGUGAAGCUGUUGAAGUUGACACAAUCAUGGGCAUUUUUGUCGGCGGCGAUUUUAAGCGCGUAGAUUAUCAUUUUGAAAGUUUUACUAUCUUCUAAGCAUAGCGUGUUCGGGUUCACCUGACCCUAUAGGGAUUAUUAUACGAGUUAUACUUUCUGGCUAUUGACGAGCUGUUAGUAAGAGCGACGGGGUGCAGUCAUACUACCUAUUGUAAUGCGUGUAGUUUGAAACAAUAAAAAAACAUGGAAUAAAAAUGGUUAGUAAUGAUAACUGAA